UAUAAACAUGGUGUAUAGCCAAACCAUGUCAGUAUUCGUCAAUAUUUUGAAGAUAUUCGAACCUUAGGUUUGUGCACAAGACUCUUGAUUUACGAUGAAUUCGAUUUGUUUGUUUGUUUUAGUGGGUGGAGUGCUGUUCGCAUCAGUUUCGGCAAGUGAAGAGCUGGGAAAAGCGAUUAAAAUCUGUCGCCAACAAUUCCCAGAGAGUGACACACGAGCAACGCCAGACACCGAUUUCAUCCGAUUGUCCAAGAGCGACGAAUGCUAUUUGCACUGCAUUUUAAGUGCACAGAAAGUGAUUUUGCACGGUGCUCUUAAUGCAGAUUCAUUGCAGUAUGCGUCAAACAACGAUGUGACGACGAAAAUUAAAACGCAGUGCGGAACGAUACGUGAUGAAGACGAGUGUGAAUUUGCGGCCAAAGUGCAAAAGUGUAUUCAGAAUGUGCUGAAAACGACACCAGUCGUAUGAACGUCACAAACCUUGUUGUUUAAAUAUUCAAAAUAACCACAGGUCGUGCUAUUUAAGUUUUCUUGUUUAGUAUUGAGCCUAAUCAAUAUACGUCAAUGAAUUCGAAUUAUUAACAAAUAAAAAUGCGAUGAACUGGUUUAA